CCCAAAUCGGUAUAAUCUUAUCUUGAUAUAACAGGUAGAUACACUGCGGUUUCUCGUGUAAUCGAUUGGGUAGGUGGAUCGUAUUCAGUCACCUUCAACAUUCGAAACACCAUGGAUCGUUGGGCCGGAAAAGUCGCCGUGGUAACCGGAGCGAGCGCAGGAAUCGGUGCCGCGAUCGCCGAGAGCCUCGUCGAGGCCGGAGUUCAGGUCGUGGGACUGGCGAGGCGUUUGGAAAGGCUAGAAGCGUUGGCGGCGAGCCUCAAGGGAACCCCGGGGAAGCUUUACCCGAGGCAGUGCGACGUCCGGAAGGAAGAAGAGCUGCUGGAUGCCUUCAUGUGGGUGAAGGCCGAGCUCGGGGGCGUCGACAUCCUCGUGAACAACGCCGGUAUUGGUAAACAUAAGAAAAUCAUAGAGGACGACGUCGAUUCCUUUCGCAGCAUCCUUGAAGUGAAUGUUCUCGCCAUGGCCAUAGGCAUUCGAGAAGCCGUCGCUUCAAUGAAGAGCCGCGACGUCGAAGGUUACAUCGUCAACAUCAAUAGUGUCGCCGGGCACGUAAUUCCCUCUGGUUAUCCAUCAAGUAUAUACGCACCCAGUAAACACGCCGUCACUGCGCUGACUGAAACUGUCCGAAUGGAGCUCGCCGCUGAUCCCAGAAAUAAAAUCAAAAUAACGAGUAUUAGUCCUGGAUUCGUUAAAACGGAUAUUAUGCAAUCGGCGGGUUUACCCGAUGCUGAUAAGUUCUUCGAAUCAAUGCCUCACCUCGAUGUCAAGGAUGUGGUCAACGCUGUAUCCUACGUUCUGGGAACCCGAAAUAUUGUUCAGGUCACAGAACUGAUUAUUCGCCGUACUGGCCAAUUAAUUUAG